AUCUCACACAUCAAGACGUCCAGGAGCCUCCACAUCAUGUGUCAAAUCCCAGUCUUCUGCUGGAUCAGUGCUACAGUUCUGGAGCACAUGUUGACCACAGACCAGAGAGGAGAGCUGCCCAAGACCCUGACUGACCUGUACUCACACUUCCUGCUGGUUCAGACAAAGAGGAAGAACAACAAGUACGGUGAGGGACAUGAGACGACUCCACAGCAGCUGACGGAGGCUGACAGGGACGUUCUUUUGAAGCUGGGGAGGCUGGCGCUCAAACAUCUGAAGGAAGGAAACAUCAUGUUCUACCAAGAAGACCUGGAGCGGUGUGGUCUUAAUGUCACAGAUGCCUCGGUGUACUCAGGAGUUUGUACUGAGAUCUUCAGAAGAGAGUGUGUGAUCUUCCAGAAAUCAGUCUACUGCUUUGUUCAUCUGAGCGUUCAGGAGUUUCUGGCUGCAGUCUACAUGUUUCACCGUUACACACUCAACACAGAAGAACUCAACAACUUCUUGGGAACACAUGGGGACACAGACAGUACCUUCUCCCUGGAUGACCUCCUGAAGAGAACCAUGAAGAAAUCCCUCACCAGUACAAAUGGUCAUCUGGACCUGUUUGUUCGCUUCCUUCACGGCCUCAGUCUGGAGUCCAACCAGAGAGUCUUAGGAGGCCUGCUGGGUCAGACAGAGAACAAUCCAGAGAUCAUCCAGAGAAUCAUCAACAACCUGAAGGAGAUGCAGAGUGAUGACAUUUCUCCUGACAGAAGCAUCAACAUCUUCCACUGUCUGACUGAGAUGAACGACCACUCAGUUCAUCAGCAGAUGAAACAGUUCCUGACGUCAGAGAACAAAUCAGAGGAGAAACUCUCUGAGAUCCACUGCUCAGCUCUGGCCUACAUGCUGCAGAUGUCAGAGGAGGUUCUGGAUGAGUUGGAACUGGAGGAGUUCAACACAUCACCCCAGGGUCGACGGAGACUGAUCCCAGCUGUGAGGAACUGCAGGAAGGCUCGACUCUGUGGUUGUGAACUCUCAGAAACUCACUGUGAAGUCGUGGCCUCAGCUCUGAAGUCAGACCCCUCACAUCUGAGAGAACUGAAUCUGAGUAAGAACAACCUGCUGGACUCAGGAGUGAAGCUGCUGUGUUCUGGACUGGAGAGUCCAAACUGUCGACUGGAGACUCUGAGUCAUCUGUCACUCACCCAGCCUGUCAGUCACGUCCACCUCAUCAACUCCAUUUCUUCUCUGGCUUCAGCUCUGAGGUCAAACCCCUCUCAUCUGAGAGGACUGGAUCUGAGUAAAAACAACCUGCAGGACUCAGGAGUGAAGGAGCUGUGUGGUUUUCUACAGAGUCCAACCUGUCGACUGGAGACUCUGAGGUUGAGUCUCUGCAGACUGUCAGAGAUCAGCUGUUCUUCUCUGGCUUCAGCUCUGAGGUCAAACCCCUCUCAUCUGAGAGAACUGGAUCUGAGCUACAACGACCUGCAGGACUCAGGAGUGAAGGAGCUGUGUGGUUUUCUACAGAGUCCAACCUGUCGACUGGAGACUCUGAGGUUGGAGGGCUGCAGUCUGUCAGAGAUCAGCUGUUCUUCUCUGGCUUCAGCUCUGAGGUCAAACCCCUCUCAUCUGAGAGAACUGGGUCUGAGUGUAAACAACCUGCAGGACUCAGGACAUUUAUUUCACAAUUUAUGUUAUGUAAUUCUAAUUUAA